AGCUCGAAACAACCCAAAAAACCUGUGGCGCUUCGCAAAGCAUAUGCUUCCUUGGAGGAGACCUGGGCUCAUUUGCACUCCGGAAUGCUGUGUUUGUUUUUCAAGCAAGGACACUGCCAAUCCUGAUGGUUAACUCAUGCGGAGAUAAGUUUAAGCGUGUGGAAGUGUGUGAAUUUGGGGGAUUGAGUUAGAAAAACAAAGAACAUAUGUGUGCUGUGUGCUUGGCUUGGCGAAAAAGCGACCUCUGCUGCACUAAGCGUGAGAAGCCAAAAGCUGAGCAGAGGACUGGAAACAAUGUCUGUGGCCAGGCGGGGCCCCAGCGCUAGCCCGCUUCCUCGGGUGGCUGUGGAGGGCUGGAGGGGACUGCAGGAGAGCAGGGAGCGAAGCCUUCGGCGGGUGCCGGAGCUGCGAGAUGUUCGCUUCUGUUAGUGCUGGCAAAACACGCCCAGGCAGCCAGCAGCAUGGCUCCGGCAUUUUCGAAGCUGCUCUGGGAACCGUGGCCGGCGGGUCGGACUCUGUCGCUGUUGCAGGCAGGGCUGCCCGUGCUGUAAAGCACCUUGCCAGGCAUCAGUGGGACGGCUCGCACGUGAUGAGGGACUGGGGCCGCAACUGAGGGCUGUGGGGCGUGGGUGAGAAACGCUGCCCUCAGGAGUCCCAGGGCUGCCCGCUGCAGGAGGGGAGCGUGCGUGGGGUGAGCAGGAAAGCGAGGGGGUUCCCACGUGCCUUGGCUGGGGUGGCGGGGCUCAGGGCAGGGCAGGAACGGUUGUGAAUAAUGCGAAAUUCCCUGAGUAGGUUCUCCAGGGGAUGUCACUGAGCUGCUGCUGCAAUAGUAGUUGAAUAACAGCAAAAGAAACAAUACAAAUCUAAUGAUUUGUUAAAAAAAUAAAGGCAUCAUUAAUACCCUACAAGAGCCAAUUCAUACUGUUCAUCUAGCAGUGGCAUGCACUGUAUUGCCUCUCCUUGUGCGCAUACAACACCCUCGUAUUGGGUAAUGACACUGAUUUUGCGCUGGCAGCCUCAGCAGUAAAGAGAUAAAGGAUGUGAGGUAAAGGACAUAAGAAAAUCGGCAACUAGAAGUUACUGUUUCACCAGCUGUUAGGUUCUUUGUACGUAUUUCUGAGACCUGGUAAUUAUCCAGAAUUACGUGCCUCAGCAAACGAGGGGGCUUGUCUGGGCGCAGGCAGCCAGCGGCACGCUCCAGCGUGGCGUGGCAGCGCAGCCCUGCGCUACACAAUGGUGGCGGCAGCUGCGGGCCAGGGAAAUUAAACCCUCUGGCGUUCGGAUGAAACACGUUGACUUCAAAAUGACAAGAUGUGGAAGGGAAGGGAAGGACGUGAGUUAUCAUGGGAGGCAACUGGUUCCGAUGAAUAAAUGGGGUUCUGGAAGCAUGCUCCCCGUGUUGGCGGGGCCGAGCGCGGUGCUGGAGGCUGCUUCCUCCGCAGACGCGACAGGAGCUGGCUCCCGAAGGCAGCACUGGAGACCGGCCGCCGAGCGGAAUGCUGCUGGGGCUGGCUUUGGCAGGCUGGUGGGUGCUGCCGAGCCUGCUCCAUGUGUGCCGUUCCCGGGCAUCUUCGCAGCACAAACUGGGAAGAGGGGCCGCGGCAGGAGCUGGGGGACCCUGGUGCCCCGAGGAGCUGGCCUGGGGCAGCUGAGCUGCCUCCCCGCCCCCGUCACUGGCCGCCCGGGUGGGCUGGGGCAGAGGUUGCAUCCGAAUCAGGUCAAGCUCUGGAGGGGCUGAAUAGCAGCACGCCGGGGAUCUUCAUCCGUCAGCUAGCUGAAUUCCUGCUCUGUUGAGGGCCCCUUUCUUAUCGGCACUAAUCCAGCGCAGCAGCUGCAGCAGCUCUGUAGCGCUUGGUGCUAUCAGUGCUGUGCAGCGUGCCCGAUAACCCCCCUUCCUCUCCUGUGCCAGCAGCAAGCCCUCUUCGCAUUCCCGCACCAUGUAUGGCCACCGAGCCCUAUCACCGGGGCGCUUAGUGACUGCCUGACGGCAGCAAAACACAAACAAGCAGAGCCCUGUGUGCGGGCAAGCCACGGGCGGCCGGCGAGGCAGCGCCCAACCUGCCCCUGGACUCCGGAGCUCCCAGCUUGCUCCCUCGAAGGAAGCGUGUCCGCCAAGCCUGCUCCGUCCUGGCAAGAGGCAUCGCAGCCAGCGGGAAGGGGUGGCCGGGUGCGCGCAGUGCCCUGUGCCAGCUGGCAGGACGGAGAGCAGCCGCUCCCCCAGCCCUUGCCCAUCGCGACGCUUCGGGGCCAGUUAAUAGCGGCCAUGGAGGCAGUGCUGAUCUUCCUGUGCUCUCUGCUGGUGCCGGCGGCUGUGGCAGACGUGGCCACCCCAGAGAAGGAGGAGGACCCCUUUAACUAUGAUUACCAGAGCCUGAGGAUCGGGGGGCUGGUGUUUGCCGUGGUCCUGUUCACCGUUGGCAUUCUCCUUAUACUCAGCAGGAGGUGCAGGUGCAGUUUCAACCAGAAGCCCAGAGCUCCAGGGGACGAGGAGGCCCAGGCGGAGAACCUGAUCACCUCGAACGCAACGGGAGCACAGAAAGCAGAGAACUGAACAAGAGCCAUGCGACCCAGAGACCCAAGGACAGAUGCUCGGACCGCAGAUGCCAGUGGCCUGCGAGGAAACUGAAAUCGCAGCAACAGGUCCCUCUAAGGAGAUGCGAAGCUGCUGUGUCUGUGUUACCCUCUGUGCUUCAGCACCGGUUCUCUGUUUACUAACCCGACUAAACUCCGCUCACCGUCCUCUCUGCCUCCAGUGGUGUGUAAUGUUGAUGUGAGAUGAUCGUUACCUCUAGGGCUAGUCGUUGCUGAUGUUGUAAUAGUGACUUUCUCUUCACCUUUCUCGUGCUGUGCGUGUGAUUCGGGCUGUGUACAACUGGCAAGCGCUCCCUGGAACGGGAGCCGCAGGGCAGGGCAGCGUGGGCCCGGGGGAGCCCCACGUCCCCCCCCCACCCAGAGCCAGAGGCGCUUGGCACGGCCCGCACGGUACCAUCUGCAUGCUGGGCAGUGUCACUGGCGGGGGCUCAUGGUCCACCCCGGCUGGCUUUUGGCAGGGCUCGGGGACCAGUCCCGCGGCGCUCUGGGGGCCUGCCCAGGCUGAGCCUGGACCGCGCGUUGCAGUUUCAGCAAUAACCCUCCUGUGCGCGCCCCCGGCCCGAAGGCAGCCGCGGUAGGGGGCGAGCCAGGCGGGGACAUCCCGUGGCUCCCCUUCCCUCAGUGGAGGCACCUGGGUGCUGGAUUUAAGGCUGAAAGGAGCUCCCCUUUCUCGCCUGCUCGGCACUCCCCGUUUCUGUCCCUGGCUACAACCAAGCCAUCGGUGUGGGUUGCUGCUUUAAAGGUGAGGAGAUGCUGUGGUGGCAGAGAAGCCCAUGAAAUCCCCGGCACGGUGACACUGUGAAAGAGGGUGGCUGUGCAGCGGUGACCAUGCUAGCCAGCGCAAACCAGCUCCUUGCCAACGCUCUGCCUGCCCGUGAGACGGAGGUGGGCAGGUUAAACAGUCUGAGGGCUAAAGAGAAACAUGGACUGAAGUAAAGAUCCUGUCCUUGCUUGUCUCCAGCAGGGAAGGGACAGCGGCGUUUCCUCCCGGUGCUCCCUGCCCUUCCCGAUGCCUUGUCACUCCCUGCGCCGUGGCCUGCGACACGGCCCCCUGCGUCAGUGCUGUGUAUCAUCCUGUGGUGGUUACGUGUUGUCAGCCCCCCCAAUGCCAGCUGCCCCUUCUCCCCGUGGAGCAGCAGCUAGCAGCGGUGAGCGGUGCUCCGGGGCUUUGCAUGCCUGAGCUUGCACAGCGGGGCUGAGCCCAGAGGCCGUCGUCACCUUGUGUCCGCUCAUGGGUUGGAGGCAAACCUGUGAAUCUGGCCCCUUCCCCGCACCCGUGGGCACGCAAAACCGUGGCCUCAGCUGGGCCUGGGGAGUGCUGGCUUGGUCGUGGGUGCUUGCCAAGGCAGGUCAGCCUGGGCAGCAGCGGGGGUCCCCAGGGCUGCACUGAAACACGUCAGAGCGUGUCCACGCAGCGGGAAGAGGUUCUUGUCCUCCAGAAUGGUUUUGAGAGGGGUUUCUGCUGUGUCCACCCUGCCGUGGUGGCCCUGCCUCCAGCGUGGGCUGUGUCCCUGCGUGCUUUGCGUCCCGUGGCGGCGCUGGGAAGCACGCUUCGUCCCAUCUGUGCAAGGCAGAGAGACCCUGUCUCCAGUACCCUCUCCCCUUCCUCCUGGCCGUUGCAGAGAGCUCUGCUCGCCUCCUGUCUCCACGCUGCCCCACAGCCUCGGGCAGAGCAGACCCCGCGCAGCCCACGUGUGUCCCGCGUCAGAGUGCCCGUGGUGUCUGUAGCGUGCCGUCGGUGUCAACGUGAAACAAAGAAAUCCCUGUGGUGUGUAGAAAUGGCAAAAUCCUGACUGUUGUAAAAUAAACCGACCUAUUGUGUUUCCUUUUAAA